AUGCGUGCCUGUUCAUCCCUUGAAUCACUGCAGCGCGGAUCAUUGUCACAUCCACGACAAGAUACCGUGCGAAACGCAGCGAAACAACGGCGCUCGACAUUUUGGCCAUGUUUUCAUUCCUUAAUCGACACUGGAACGACAAGCAACAACCAAACAUAUCAGCGAUCUCGAACGAGCAGCACCACCUCUUCUUUUUGCGACUUCUUUUUUCGACCAUUAUACUAUAAUCGGCUUUAA